UGUUGCCAGAUGACGUUUUGCAAGACAGGAAACGAGAGAAGCUUACAGAUAGAACCAGUGAAGGUACAGACAAAUUUGUUAUCCUUUACACAGACAACAAUCUCCAAGACUAUAGCAAAUCAGAAGAGGAGCAGUUUAGGCCUCCUGUGAAGGUAUUAAAAUUUUGAUUUUGUUUGAUACACCUUGAGAGGAGAGGCAAAAUUUGAGUCACACACUUUAAAAAUCUGAAAUGGGCACUGAGGAGAAAGAUGCAGAUCCUGCAGCUCAACAACCACAGAAGGAGCAGGAAUCACCAGAAAAGGAAAAAGAAUCAAUUGUGGAGCAUCCACAAGGACAGACAUCUGAGACCACUGACCCCCUCAACUCGUACAAGUGGCAUACCGGCUCCAAAGGAACGCUGAACGAGGUGAAAGAAGACGGAGAAGAAGGUGCAGCCCCUUCCUCAACAGUUGAUAAAAUUCAGAAGGCAACUGCCAACAAAUGGAACAAGAUGCAGAACUGGCGCAAGGCUCUGAGCGAAGACCCCGGGGAUAAAAAUUCAUCUAGUGGGAAAGGUGGAGAGGGAGCCAAGCCAGACAAAGCUGCAGGAGGAACCAGAAAGAACCCCUUCAGAAGGGCCCUGUCUGAGCCGCCUGGGUCACUCUUUGCAGCCCGCUCCCCUUCCUCCAACACAGCCAGCGCAGCCAGCGCUGCUUCAUCCUCAGCUGCUGCAGAGGCCUCAGGGGUCUCCUCCACUGACACCUCUCAGAAAGGAGGUGGAGGCGCACUCCUAAAAAAGUACCUGAGGACUGUGUCCCAGAAGCUCAAGAGGCCCAGGCUGCAGAGUCGGAGUAGCACGUCGUUACUGCCAGAUGUGGGUCAGGUUGAACCGACAGCAGCUGUAUCCACUGAACUCCCAAGACUACAAUGGGCCCCUCCUCAGGAGGUCCCCUUAUGGGACAUUAGCAACUGUAUCCUCGAAGAUGGACAAAUUCUCAUUUCCCCAGAGGAAGAGCCAACAAUGUGGACCCGAAACCGUGUCAGCAGCUGCCUGUCCAACCUCAGCAUGCAGAACCUCGUGGAUAUCGAGACAGAUGGUAGCCCAGACGUGGCCCCUCGACCAAAGACCCAAGAUGGCGGAGUGAGGGCACUGAUCAAGCGACGUCUCGAGAACAAGGCCAAGAGGAACAGUAACACCCAACCAGUGGGACUAAACAAAGGAAGCAGACACUAUGGUUCCAGGGAGUCUGUGUCCAUUCCAGUCAGUGCACUGGGGAGCUUAGAUCUGAGUGCAGACACCAGCACUGUCAUCAGGCCAGUCCACAGUUCCAUUCUGGGAGAAAAGUACUGCUUUGAGGUGAUAAACUCUGAGAACACCCACUGUUUUGGUUGCUCCUCUGCUGCUGAGCGUGACCGUUGGAUUGAAGACCUGCGACGGGCUGCCCAGCCCAAUAAGGAUAAUAUUGAGCGUACAGAGAAUUCUUUGAGCCUGUGGGUAAAUGAGGCCAAGGAUCUGCCACCCAAACGGCGUUAUUACUGUGAGGUACACCUGGAUGGGACCCUAUUUGCUCGCACCAGCAGCCGAGCUGCCGGCAAGCCUGCCAGUCUGGCAGGGGAAAGCUCUACUGGGUCUUCUGGAGGCCUAGGAGCCAGUGGAGGAAUGACUGGAGGGUGUCAGCUUUUCUGGGGUGAAUUCUUUGAGCUAGACAACCUUCCCUGCAUCUCCCAAAUUUCUCUGCAUCUCUUCCGCGAAGAGAAAAAGCGCCACUCCCGAGAUGAAUCCAGCCUGCACCCACUGGGCAGUGUGGCCAUACCUUUAGCUGAUAUCCGAGGAAGAACCUACCAAGAGAAGUGGUAUCCUAUUACUCCAUACAAGGCCUCAGGUACAGCAGGAAAUAAAGAACUGCUGGGGCAACAGGCUUCAAUCCGCAUCAAGGCCCGUUUCAAGAAUCUGCAGGUGUUGCCCAUGGAGAAAUACAAAGAGUUUGCUGAGUAUGUGACGGUGGACUAUGUGGAAAUGUGCAGAAACCUGGAGCCACUUCUGAAUGUGAAGGAGAAGGAAGAGCUGGCAGGAGCUCUGGUCCAUGUACUGCAAAGUAUCGGCAAAGCCAAGGAGUUCCUCAUUGAUUUGGGCAGUGCAGAGGUGGAGCGUCUUGGAGAGAAGGAGGCACUGAUCUUCAGAGAGAACACACUGGCCACUAAAGCCAUAGAUGAAUACAUGAAGCUGGUUGGCCAGAAGUACCUCAUCGACACACUAGGGGACUUCAUAAGCCGUCUUUACACCUCAGUGGAGAUCUGUGAAGUUGACCCUCGUAAAUGCCCUGCCUCCGAACUGUCAAACAACCAGAAGCACUUGAGGGAAGCCUGUCAGGAGGUGGUGCAGAAGAUUAUUGAAAUCCACGGACCCUUCCCUGAAGAGUUAAACAAGAUCUUCUCUAGCUGGAUGGAGCUGUGCGAAGACCAGGGCAGACCAGAGAUUGGCCAGCGUCUCAUCUCUGCUUCACUCUUCCUUCGUUUCUUAUGUCCUGCCAUUCUCAGUCCUUCUCUUUUUGGUCUGACACAGUCUUACCCAGAGCCAAACACCCUGCGCACCCUCACCUUAACUGCCAAAGUCAUCCAGAAUCUGGCCAACUUCACCCUGUUUGGUGAGAAGGAGGAGUACAUGCUGUUUAUGAAUGAAUUCUUGCAACAGCACUGGGAUGGAAUGAGAGGUUUCCUACAAACCGUAUCCAAUCAAGACCCUGAUAUUCCAAUGACUUCCUUUGAUGGUUACGUGGACCUGCCUCUGCGCUUGGCUGUGCUCCAUGGCCUGCUGGUAGACAUCAUCUAUCAAAAGGACCAGGACACAAUUGACAAGCUGCAUCCUCUGCCUUCAAUUCUGAACCAGAUAACAGAGUCUCUGGGCCCCGAAGCACCUCGGAUAAUAGUUAGCAGCCAAAUGAGACAAUCCAGACCAGAGUACAUUCCUCCUAAAGACUUGAGCAAAUACAGUCCACACCAGUCGUCCCUUCAGCAGCUUACUGUGGACUCUGAAGGCCUACGAGACAGGGAUGGCAGGACUCGGAGGAAUAUGGGGGAGAAGAAGAAACUCAACAGAACACAGAGUGCACCACAGAGACGCCUCAAUCCCACAAAACAUACUUUGAAGAGGCAAACAAGUUCUGAAGCUCUGCCAACAUCUGACCAUGAACAGGAGAUGGAGACAAACCAACCACAUAUUUCAUCACCAAAUACAGGUGCCAGUAUCAAACGUCCACCUGCACCAGUUCCCUGGAUCAAAGUCAAUCCAAACAGAGAGUCAAGUGAGACGAAGAUUGAGAAUGAAGAGUUCAGCUUACUGGACAGGCAUGCUCAAGAGCUGUCAGAGCUUCGUCUGGGGAUAGAGCAGGUGACAGAGCGUGAGCUCGACAUGGCAAAGCGCCUGGAGGACUUCAUUAUCCAAAGUCAGGAUCAGAAUGCAGCGCUGCAGGCAGAAAUUACAGAACUACGGAAUCUCCUGGCUGUGCGAGAAGAGCAGCUCGCCAGUGCCACCUUCAGGUUAGGUGUGAUUGAGGAAGAGAGGGAGGAGGAUGAGAGGAAGCUGUGUGUGGCCAUUGCAGCAGCUGAGAGAAUGAAUGUACUGGAAGAGCAGUUUGCAGGCCUGAUGAAGGACCUUCAACAGCUGAAUGAGGCCUACAGUAGUGGCCAGAAUAACACACAGCAUCCUGACAAGCCACACAUCAACAGCAACUGAACACUGAUGGGAAAAAAAACAGCAACAUUUUCAUAGUAUUGUAUAAAUGCAUAUAUAGACUCACACUUCUGGUUUCCUGAUUACAUAUAAAUUUAUUUUAGAAGCCUAUUCAGGAUGGAUGUGAGAGGACAAACUGUGACUGGGGUGAACAUGAAACAUACCACAUUUGUCUGCAUUUCUGCCUUCACUGUAGCUCAGCUACAGAUGUGUUUGACUUGUAAACCUUUCUGAUAAAUAAAGUCAA